AUGGCUCCAUGUUUCUUCAUCGUCUUGUUUGAGGAACUUUGGAAUGGACUUUAUUUCUUUCAGCAAGCUCUGGUGAUUCGCGAGGGAGAGAAGUUUCAGAUAAAUGCAGAAGAGGUGGUUCAGGGAGACCUGGUGGAGAUCAAGGGUGGAGACAGAAUCCCAGCAGACCUUCGAAUCAUCUCCUCCAGCGGCUGCAAGGUGGAUAACUCAUCUCUCACCGGAGAGUCAGAGCCUCAGACUCGUUCUCCAGAGUUGACUCAUGAAAACCCCCUGGAGACCAGAAACAUUGGCUUCUUCUCCACCAACUGUGUGGAAGGUCA